AUGCCUAUGGCACUUGCUACUGAGGAGUCUACUAAAAGAAAAGCCGCAAAAGAAGUUAUGAAGUCACUUACAUCACAGAUCAAAGAUCUAGCUGAGAAGCUUCCUCCUGAAGUUUAUGAUGCUAUGAACAUUAGACAAGCGUACCUACCGAAUGGUCUUGAGUCAAACGGAAAUCACUAUCCGGAUUCAAAUGGGGAGCAGCAUGCGGAUGCAGAAUCAAUCAUAAGUGGCUCUAGUAUAGCCUCCAUAAGACUUGAGUCCUCUCUGUUCAGAACUGCAGGUGAUUUUCCAGGAGCCAAUGGAACUAACCUCCACCAGCAAAUCCGGGGUAGUGUUACCUCUGACGGGACUGGUAACUAUCCAGAUGUUAAAUUGCCGAAUGGAAGCAGCGUGAUUCAGUCAAGCAGUAGUAGCUUGUCAGAUAUUGUUGAAGGUAGGGAUUCUGGGAAUUUCCGUAAUGAUGAGAGUGGUUUGAAAUUGACAGAUGCUGCACUGGCUACUAAUAGUAAUAAUCAAGUUGAUGCAGAAUGGAUUGAACAGUAUGAACCCGGUGUGUAUAUAACACUGGUGGCCAUGCACGAUGGAACACGAGAUCUGAAGCGAGUGCGCUUUAGCCGGAGGAGAUUUGGAGAGAACCAAGCAGAAAUUUGGUGGUCAGAGAAACGGGAGAUGGUAUACGAAAAAUACAAUGUUCGUAACUCAGACAAGUCUUCUAGCCAAGCACCGCAUAAGUCACAGGUUGCUGGUUCUCCUAUCUCCCAAACGUAG